AAAAACAAUUUAUAAAAAUUAAUUAUUAGUUUUCAGUCAUGCCUCGAAGGAAAGGUCCGAGUGUCGAAGAAGCAUUGUGCAUUUUCGAGUGAUACACCAAUAGAAAGUUCAUCGGAUGAAGAUGAAGCGACACUUUCUACAUUGGCAACCUAUUCUACUUCACUAACAAAUGUUCAGGUAGCUGAAUCAGAAAGUAGUUCAGAUGAAGAGGAUGUCCAAAGAAUAUGGGCAAAACGAAAUUCCUCUACCACCGUACCCAUAUUUUCCCUGAUUUUGGAUUUGUUACUUCUCUUUUUGAUAGUUUGUGUUCACCAGUGGAUUUCUUCUUAAAAUUUUUCGACAACGACAUUAUUGAAAAAAUAUUAUUUUCCAAUCCAAUCUAUACAGUACUCAAAAAGGUAAGAAUAUUCCCCCUAUCACAAGAGAGGAACUGUAUGGAUUUUUCGGGUUGGAAUUCUUUUUUAGUUAUCAUAGACUGCCUAAAAUUUGCCAUUAUUGGGCGAAUGACAUGGAUUUUUCGGUCGAAAUUGUUCCUCAAACCAUGUCCCGCAAUAGAUUUUUUCAAAUACUGGCUAAUGUUCAUGUGAAUGACAAUCUUAGAAUUCCUCAAAAUAAUCAGGAUAAAUUAUAUAAACUCAGACCUCUGAUGACAAGUUUGAAUGGUAAUUUUCAGUCCUUUCGUUUGCCAAUACAAUAUCAGUCAAUUGAUGUGAGUAUGGUUCUUUUCAAAGGACGAUCCGCAUUGAAACAAUAUAAUCCAAUGAAACCAAUAAAAAGAGGAUACAAGUUAUGGUGUAGAGCAGAUAUGUCUGGCUUUAUUUAUCAGUUUGACGUAUAUCAAGGCAAAGUACAAAGCGCCGAAACAAACAAGUUGAGAAAUGACUUUGGACUCGGUAGAAAUGUUGUAAAAUAUUUCACACAAAGUUUCGUAGGAAAUAACCACGCCAUCACAAUGGACAAUUAUUAUUCAUCGCUCGAGCUUUAUGAAUAUUUAAAAUCGCAGCAUAUUUAUGCAUUUGGAACAAUUAGAUCUGAACGACGUGGCCUCCCCAAAUUUGCUGGAUAUAAAGAUUUACAGCGUGGAGACUUUGAUCAUGAAAUAACACAUCAAGGAAUUUCCUACUUCAAGUGGAAAGAUAAUAGGUGCGUACAUUUAUUAUCUAAUUACCACGGAAAUGGAACUUGUACAGUUCAAAGAACACAGAAGGAUGGAACUAAAUUGGAUGUACGCGCACCUACUAUUGUAAAAGAAUACAAUGAACAAAUAGGGAUGGCGAAUAUUUUAAGAGCGGUUAUUACGUAACCAAUAUCAAAAAGUCACAAAUACAAGUGAUCAAUACUUUUCAAAGUGGGGUGUGAUUGAAAUCCUUGAUACAAUCUUACUGGUGAUAUUUCGAUUACAGGUUUUGGAUCACGAUAGAAAGUAAGAAUCGAUACGAUAUCACUGAAAUUUGUCGGAGCCGUGACUUUACUGGAAAGUAACAAUCGAUACGAUCUGUCCAAUGGAAGCUCUCGAAAGAAAUCUGUGAUUUGGAUUGAAAAGUGAACGGACCGGUUAUUGGAAUUAUCGUAUCGUAUCAUUGAAUGGCAUAUCACUGAAAUUUAUAGGAGAGGUGAUUUCACUGCAAAGUGCGAAGUCACCGCUCCACUUUACGGGAGUGACCGAUAUUCGUAUUUGAUGAUGCACUAUUCCAUACAGAUCAUUUUUAAUUGCUCGUGACAUGAUUGACUUUCAUUACAUGUAUUCUGUUUACUGUUGGCGCCAUCUAUUGGUAGAAUAUAGGACUAAAGUAAACAUUUUAAAGGAAUGACAUAUAUUUUUAACUCACCUUUUCCAGAAAAUGGUUCACUCUAAUAAAUAAAUUAAAUAAAUAGUUUUGAGAAAAAAAUAAAAUUUAAAAACUAAGCUGAAACAGAUAAAUUAAUUCAAUCACACGUUACUUAAAUUAGUAAAUUAAGUAUUAAUUACAAUUAAUAAAUUUCAUAUUAAGUAAUAAUUUUUAAUUAAUAAUAUGAUUGAAAUAACAGAUAUUUGGAACGCAUAUUUAAAAAUAACAAUAGCAAUAUUAUUUGUUAUUCAAAAAAUCGUGGAUUAUGCAUCUCUAUGAACAAAUGGGAGGUGUUGAUAAAGCUGAUAUGCUGCGUUCCUUAUAUGACAGAGACAGAAAAUCCAAGCAGUGGUGGCACCGCUUGUUUUAUGCAAUGCUGGAAAUGGCUCCAAUGAACUCUUAUUAUGCCUAUAAAGAGUUAAAGGAAACAAUAUCUGUACUCGAAUAUAAAAGAAGAAUGACUCAGGGUCACUCAGUGAGAGUGCUCACACUAUUGAGAUCAGAACCAAAGAAGAGAGGAAGGCCAAAAUCAAUUGAAAAUCUGCAAAAUCUUGGAAGCAAUAAGCGGAGGGGAAAGAACUUUUCAGUUUUGAAAGAAAAUCAUCUACAAAACAGGAUGUCAUUGGCCAACAUUUGUAAGUUCUCGCGGUCGGAGCGAAGUUUGCUCCAAAAAUGGCAUUCGGAGCAAGCCACAUAAUAAAUGUAGUAUGUGUGACGUAUUUUUAUGUUGUGAUGGGAAAAAAAUUCUUUUUAUCAAUAUCGUCAGUCAUAGAUAACAUGUGAAUAAGAAUAAAAAUAAAUUAUUUUCAAAAAAUUUUUUGUCCUGAUAUUUUUUACCCUUUGGGUACCGACACUACUUUAAAGUACCGUCUCAUUUAAUUGCUAUUAAUUACUAUGAUAAUGUAAUAAUCAUUAUUUUUAUUGCUUAUAUCUUUAAGUUUACUCCUAAGUAAUAAAGAAAAAAAUUAUUUCAAGUAAAUUUUUUAUGUAAUUGAUAAUGUGGUGUUAAAGAUGCUGCCUAGAGCGAAUACACCUUC